AUUUGGACAGCAAGUCACACGGCUGCCUGUCGAGCCGAUUGGUAUUGGUGUUCUUCGCGCGUCGGGUAGGGUGUAAUGGGUGUAGCGUUUUUUUGCCGAUUGACCCAGCCGUCGAUGUUGAUCACGGCGCUCUCCCUGGCUUGGUUCCUCUCGUGUCUUGCUGGCGUCUCGGGGAACGCCGUGCCAUUGGGCCGUGCGAACGAAAGGAGGCACUUACUUGCCCCGGCGGCAGUCAACGACGUGAAUCUGGCUCAUUUUUUCAUGGGGCAUGGCGUGGUCGGUGGAAGUGAACCUGUUUUCGUGUUUUUGCGAAAGGUUGACGGUGUGUCGAUUUCGCCCUUUGCGCUGACAGGGCGAAAGCGUAUCGGGGAGAGGCGUUUUUUCCUUUCCACGUGCACGCGAAAAGCGUGGUUUCAUAAAGUUCAUGUGUUUGCGUAUCUGCCGAGCCGUUCCUCGUUAUCUUAGCAGCAGCGCAGCAACACUUACUGUUGCAGUGUCAAAGGCUGGGUUUGUGUGUGUCUUCGAGCGUUCUUAGCGCAUAUUCGGAGAAAAGGAUGGGAAAUAUUCAAGGGAGGCGACGAAAUGGGACAUGCCCCUGGGAUAAGGAAAAAAAUGGGGUCGUGAUCGUUUACAAACGGGAUGAGACAGCAGCGCUGCGACGGCGGGCACCUUCAAGAACACAUUCUUUCAUUUC